AUGCGUGCAGAUAUUGGCCAUUACGCCAGAGAUGUCGUCAAUUCUAUCCCAUCCUUCCACGGCCAGAGUGCUGUUGGUGAUUUGCAACUAUUAUUCGGUAAUGAUAUCUUAACUAUAGCGCUGUCGAGCUUUGGAAUAGUCGGCUUCUCAGUCUGGUCGAUACGGAGACCGUGGCAACGUCCGAUCAAGAAGGUCGCGCUCCAAGGACGUGUAGUCUUUGCGAAAUCGGUAUUUCCGACUCUCAUGAGAGCUUCGGCGAUCUUCGCUACACUGGGUUCGCUCCACGGCGCCACCCGACGUUUCGCCAUCUGUGCCGCAGCUCUGCAAUUUUGCUGCUCGGUAUUCCUUUCACUGGCAGUGGUGACCAGCCACAUAUGGGAGAUUCGAGCUUCAUCUUUCGGACAACUAUUUACGACAGCGUGGGCACUCACGGACAUCGCUCGCAUUAUACUUCUCGCCGAGUUAGACGAAACGAAGGCAUGCAUGGGUACCUUAUCUUCUAUUCUAGGAGUCAAAGUCCUACUCCUGGUGGUUGAAGAGAUCACUAAACAAAAUAUCUUGAAUAUACCCUACAGCAAAUAUCCGCCCGAGGCACUCAGCGGCAUUAUCAACCGCGCGUUCGUUGUCUGGCUCAAUCCACUCAUGUGGCGGGGUAUUGCUGGAAAGCCACUGUCACUUCCUGAGCUCUCUCGAUGA